ACAACAAGGACAUCUUGCAAAGGUCAGGAAUAGAAGAUUCAUUUUUUGAAGCAACCCUGGGUCCUUGGGAUGCAGACAGAAGUAGUCAAUGCAAUGAACAUUGGAAGAAUUUUAUGCAUAAGAUUCAGCUUCUAGACAGCCAUUGUGAAGGUGGAAAUGUCUUUGAACAAAUGUCAGAUCCCAAUACUCAUGGGGUUUUUCCUACUGUGGAGAAGACAAAAACCCAAAGUAAAAAUAUCAAAUGUUUAAAUCAAUCUUCAAAUAAUGCUAAAGAAACCAAUAUUGUGGUCAGGGACAAAGUUCACAAAUAUUUACCAUGUGGAAAAUUCUUCAAUCAAAUAUCUAAUCUAAAUAAACUUAACAAAAUAGGUCCCAGCAAAGAACACAAUUGUAAAGACUGUGGUAAAACAGGUCAUUGGUUUUCAGGUGGAACUCUGCAUGAAAAAAAUUAUCCUGGACAGAAGCCUGAUGUUUGUAAAGACUAUGGCAAAGCAACUUGGAUUACCUCAACCCUUUCUAAUCAUCACACUAUUCACACUAAAAAUGAGUCAGAUAAAGGUAUAGAAUGUGCUAAAACCUUUAGCUGGUCCUCAAAUUUCAAUGAUACUCAGAAAAUUCAUACAAGAGAGAAAUUUUUCAAACAUAGUGAAUGUGGCAGUGCCUUUACAAAGUCCUAUAAUCUUGCUCAGCAUCACAGAAUUCAUACUGGUGAAAACCCUAACAUGUGUAGAGAAUGUGGGAAAGCCUUUAGGUGUAUUUCCAAUCUUAUACGACAUCAGAAAAUUCAUAUUGGAGAGAAGCCUUAUGAAUAUACAAAAUGUGGCGAAGCCUUUAGCCGGACCUCAUACCUUACUCAACAUCUGAAAAUUCAUACUGGAGACAAGCCUUAUGAAUGUACACGAUGUGGAAAAGCCUUUAGGUGGAGCUCAGCCCUUACCCGACAUCAGAGAAUUCACACUGGAGACAAGCCUUAUGAAUGUACACAGUGUGGCAAAACCUUUAACUUGAACUCAAACCUUACUCAACAUCAGAAAAUUCAUACUGGAGACAAGCCUUAUGAAUGUACUCAAUGUGGAAAAGCCUUUAGGUGGAGCUCAGCCCUUACCCGACAUCAGAAAAUUCAUACUGGAGACAAGCCUUAUAAAUGUACACAAUGUGGAAAAACCUUUAACUCGAACUCAAACCUUACCCAACAUCAGAAAAUUCAUACCGGAGACAAGCCUUAUAAAUGUACACAAUGUGGCAAAACCUUUAACUCGAACUCAAACCUUACCAAACAUCAGAAAAUUCAUACCGGAGACAAGCCUUAUGAGUGUACUCAAUGUGGCAAAGCCUUUAGCCAAAACUCAAACCUUAUCAAACAUCAAAAAAUUCAUACUGGAGACAAGCCUUAUAAAUGUACACAAUGUGGCAAAACCUUUAACUCAAACUCAAACCUUACCGAGCAUCAGAAAAUUCAUACUGGAGAGAAGCCUUAUGAAUGUACACAAUGUGGGAAAGCCUUUAGGUGGACCUCAAACCUUAUACAGCAUCAGAAAAGUCAUACUGGUGAAAAGCCUUAUGAAUGUACACAAUGUGGGAAAGCCUUUAGCCGAAACUCAAACCUUAUCAAACAUCAGAAAAUUCAUACUGGAGAGGAGCCUUAUGAAUGUACACAAUGUGGCAAAACCUUUAACUUGAACUCAAACCUUACUCAACGUCAGAAAAUUCAUACUGGAGACAAGUCUUAUGAAUGUACUCAAUGUGGAAAAGCCUUUAGGUGGACCUCAAACCUUAUACAACAUCAGAAAAUUCAUAUUGGAGAGAAGCCUUAUGAAUGUAUACAAUGUGGCAAAGCCUUUAGGUGGACCUCACACCUUAUACAACAUCAGAAAAUUCAUAUUGGAGACAAGUCUUAUGAAUGUACUCAAUGUAGAAAAGCCUUUAGGUGGACCUCAAACCUUAUACAACAUCAGAAAAUUCAUAUUGGAGAGAAGCCUUAUGAAUGUAUACAAUGUGGCAAAGCCUUUAGGUGGAGCUCAGCCCUUACCCGACAUCAGAGAAUUCACACUGGAGACAAGCCUUAUGAAUGUACACAGUGUGGCAAAACCUUUAACUUGAACUCAAACCUUACUCAACAUCAGAAAAUUCAUACCGGAGACCAGCCUUAUGAAUGUACACAGUGUGGCAAAACCUUUAACUUGAACUCAAACCUUACCAAACAUCAGAAAAUUCAUACUGGAGACAAGCCUUAUGAAUGUACUCAGUGUGGCAAAGCUUUUAGGUGGACCUCAAACCUUAUACAACAUCAGAAAAUUCAUACUGGAGACAAGCCUUAUAAAUGUACACAAUGUGGCAAAACCUUUAACUCAAACUCAAACCUUACCGAGCAUCAGAAAAUUCAUACUGGAGAGAAGCCUUAUAAAUGUACACAAUGUGGAAAAGCCUUUAGCCAGAAUUCAACCCUUACCAAACAUCAGAAAAUUCAUACUGAAGAGAAGGCUUAUGAAUGCAUACAAUGUGGCAAAGCCUUUAGGUGGACCUCAAACCUUAUACAGCAUCAGAAAAUUCAUACUGGUGAAAAGCCUUAUAUAUGUAAUGUAUGUGGUAGUACCUUUAACCUGUCCUGUGACCUUUCUCAGCAUCAGAAAGUUCAUAUAAAUGAGAAACCUUCUAAGUGUUGAACAUGUGAUAAAGCAUUUUUACAGUCCUCAAACCUUACUCAACAUCCAAUAAUUCACACAGAAGGAAUGCCUUAUACAUGUACCUUACUUGGUAAAGGCUUUAAACAGUCCUCAAUGCCCAUUCUUCCUAAAAUAUAUUUAUACCAUACUGAAGCCUUUUAAAUGUACCUGAUGGGAUAAAGCCUUUAGCCACUUCCAACCUUUAGUAAACUUCAGAGAAUUCAUACUGGACACAAGGCUUAUUAAUGUGCACUAGGUGGCAAAACUUUUUGACAUCAGUUCAUUCAUACUGGAGAGAGACCUUACAGGUCAUCCAUAUAAAAGUAGUGUACAUAACAAGUGUUUUAAUCAUCAGAGCUGACUUAACCAACAUGAUGGACAUUCAUCUUCAGAAAAACUGUAUAAAUAUAGAGACUGUGGCAAUAUUUUAACCUAUAUUCAAAAUGUACCCAACAUUUUAAAGCUUUUUUUAAUAUUGACUUCUUUUGUGGCAUAUGAGAAUUCACACUAUAAAAAAUGGAAAGGGAAAUUGUAGAAAAUCAUUUAGGUUGACCUACAGUCUCAUUAUAAAUCGGGAAAUGCACAGUGGUGUGGAAUUCUAUAUUCAUAAAGUGAUAGUCUUUUGUGAAAUUACACAGUUCCCAUAACCCCAAAGAAUUUAUACCUAAACGUGACUGGAAAGGUAUAAAAUUUCAGGAAAAUAUGUCAUUGAAAACCAGGCUCAAAAUAUCAUAAUUCAGAGUAGAAAGUUAAUGAUAGGUUUCAGGUAUUGCUCUAAAUCAGAAUAUUACUACAGUGAAUCACACAAAGUUUAAAAAUACCAAUCAUUACUUUUCAGUGUGCUUCAAAAUGUUGAGGGGAUGGAUGUCUAGAUAUGUAUAAUCACUCAGAAUAUAAACUAUUGUGUAUUGACAACAUUUGAAAUAUUUUGAGAAACAAAUAUUAAAUUGAAUCCAGUCUCCCAACAGUUGAUGCUACUAUGUUUUCACUCCUGGUGUGUAUAAAAUCAAUGGGUUAAUUAUUGGUUCCUUAACAACUUGUGAACUGUUGUAUAUUAGGUAAGGUUUACUCAUAAUUACAUUUGCAUAGAGAUUGACACUGUAAUGCACAAUGCAUGGAAAAAAUCUAACUGAAGUUGCUAUUUUUAGGUUUCUCUGAAUUUGGUGCAUGUUACAAUGGAAGUCAUGCUAUUUUGCAUUAUAGUAAGACAUAGAAAUAGUAUAAAUUGUAACUGUUUUUCUAAACCUCCCUUUAAAGAAACUGCCAAUUUGUUAAAAUCCUGAUGUGUCUUCAGAGUAGUCAUAGUUGAAUAUUAGUUGAUGUGGUUGGAAUAAAAAGCCAUCAGCAAUAUGUGAGGGAAUAUAGACAGCUCAUCCCUCAGUGCAUAACAUUGUUACUCAUCUAUGUUUGCUCAACAGUUAGCCUCUGGUUAGAAAAACAAAGAAAACUGCACUAUGGGAUCAUAAUAUACAAGAAUAGUAACACUCCCAAAUGUUUGCAUUGAUGGCAUUGAGAAAUGGUAACACAAUUGUAUUGUGAUUUUUUUAUUUAGAUGAUGUGUGAAUUUAUACUUUUUAUGA